GUUGCCAUAAAACUUGAAACUGACAGCUCCAAGUUUCGAUCAUCUCCUCUCUGAAACUUAACACUUUACCCCCCAAAACAUGGAAACUUGGUUCCUUAUCCUUUUCACAAUCUCCAUUUCUCUUCUUCUCAAAGCUUUCUUCUACCUUUUCUCCUCUUCCAAAAAACCGCCCUACACUCUUCCACCAUCACCUUCCACUUUCCCCAUCAUCGGCAACUUCUUAUGGGUCCGCAAAUCCUUCUUUCAAAUCGAACAAAGCCUCCGCCGCUUCAGCCGAAGCCUUGGCCCUAUGGUCACUCUCUAUAUCGGUCCUCGUCCUUCCAUCUUUGUCUUCGACCGCUCCCUUACUCACCAAGCUUUAAUCCAAAGCGGUUCCCUGUUUUCGGACCGACCCAAAUCUCUCCCUGCUAACAAGAUCAUGAACAGCAACCAACAUAACAUCAGUUCCGGUUCCUACGGUCCGAACUGGCGGCUGUUUCGUCGGAACUUGACUUCGGAGAUCCUCCAUCCCUCGCGUGUGAAGUCGUAUUCUCAUGCUCGUAAAUGGGUUUUGGAUAUUCUUUUUGAUGGUUUACAGGAAAAGGCUAAAAGUGGAGAAUCAGUUGAGGUUUUGGUUCAGUUUCAAUAUGCUAUGUUAUCUUUGUUGGUUUUAAUGUGUUUUGGUGAUAAACUUAGUCAACAACAGAUUAAAGAGAUUGGGGAUCUUCAACGAAGGGUGUUUACUGGUUUUGGGAGAUUCAAUGUGCUUAACUUAUGGCCUAGAGUGACCAAGAUUUUACUUCGUAAGAAAUGGGAUCAAUUGUUUAAGCUACGCAAGGAUCUUGAAGACUCAUAUAUCCCUUUGAUAAGAGCAAGAAAGAAAGCUAAAGAUGAGAGAUUGAGUAACAAGGGAAGUGCUGAUUAUGUGUUGGCAUAUGUUGAUACUUUGUUGGAUUUGGAAUUACCAGAGGAGAAAAGGAAACUUGAUGAAGCUGAAAUGGUCACUUUGGCCUCUGAGUUCAUCAAUGCUGGUACUGAUACAACCUCCACUGCUUUACAGUGGGUAAUGGCAAAUUUGGUGAAAUACCCUCAUAUUCAAGAUAGAUUAUUGGUUGAAAUCAAAGGUGUUGUGGGAGAUAGUGUUGAAGAAAUCAAAGAAGAGGAUUUACAAAAGAUGCCUUAUUUGAGAGCAGUGAUUUUGGAAGGGCUAAGAAGGCACCCACCAGCACAUUUUGUGGUGCCUCAUUGUGUGACUGAAGACACUGUCUUGGGAGGAUAUUUGAUCCCCAAGAAUUCAACUAUCAAUUUCAUGGUGGCAGAUAUGGGGUGGGAUCCAAAGGUGUGGGAGGAUCCAAUGGCAUUUAAGCCUGAGAGGUUCAUUAACAAUGCUGGUGGGGGGGAAGUGUUUGAUAUCACAGGGAGUAGGGAGAUUAAGAUGAUGCCAUUUGGAGUUGGGAGAAGAAUAUGCCCUGGACUAGGCUUGGCAUUGCUUCAUCUUGAGUAUUUUGUGGCUAAUUUGAUUUGGAAAUUUGAAUGGAAAGCCAUGGAUGGAGAUGAUAUCAGCUUGGAGGAGAAGCAAGAGUUCACCGUUGUGAUGAAGACUCCAUUGAUGGCGCACAUCUCACCAAGGAAGAGCUAAGCUAUUGGUCUUCUACUUAAAAUAUUUAAUUAUAUAUAGAAUAAUGUAUUGGUCAUAUGUCAAAUUAGCUUUCAAUAUUGUCCAUGUGGUGUUGUAUGCAUAUCCCUUCCUAUAUGAAACUAGAUACUUAAGUA